CGGGUUAACGAUUACCCCCACGGCCGCAUGGGGCCAUGCUGAGCCGGCAGGAAUGACCCGGGGCGAGAAUGGGCCGGGCUGGGGCAGGGGGAGCAGCGGCUUGAGCACCCAGUAAUUAAUUACGUCGGUCCCGAGGUAAUUAAUCAUUAACGGCGGAGCCCCGGUGGGGCGAAAGUUCUGUGAGAGGCCCCUGGCGCAGCACGCUCCCGCUUGCGCUUCUGCGUGUCCGUGCGAGGAUGUGGCUGUUCGUGGCGGCAGCGCUGGUGGGGCUGUUCCUGCUGCGGCGCUGGUACCGGGAGCGCCAGACGGUGCCGGGGCUCACGGAGAAGUUCGUGCUCAUCACGGGCUGCGACAGCGGCUUCGGGAACCUGCUGGCGCGGCAGUUGGAUGCGCGGGGCCUGCGGGUGAUCGCUGGGUGUCUGACCGAGCCGGGGGCUGCGGCGCUGCGGGCGGCCACCUCCCCGCGGCUGCAGACCCUGUCCCUGGAUGUCACCUCCAGCCAGAGCAUCGCCGCCGCCGCCGCAUGGGUCAAGGAGCAUGUGGGUGACCGAGGGCUCUGGGGGCUGGUGAACAACGCGGGCAUCGCCGUCCCCACCUGCCCCAACGAGUGGCUGACCAAGGACGACUUCCUCAAAGUGAUCAAUGUCAACCUGAUCGGCCUCAUCGAGGUGACGCUGAGCGUCCUGCCCCUGCUGCGGCGGGCGCGGGGCCGGCUGGUCAAUGUGGCCAGUGUGAUGGGCCGCAUCGCCUUCUUCGGUGGGGGGUACUGCGUCUCCAAGUUCGGGGUGGAAGCCUUUUCCGACAGUCUCCGGCUUGAGAUGAACAGCUUUGGGGUGAAGAUCAGUGUCAUCGAGCCGGGGUACUUCCGGACGAGCAUCACCUCUGUUGAGAACUCAGAGAAGCAUUUUCUUGCUGCUUGGGAGAAGCUCCCGGAGCAAGUCAAAGCGGAUUAUGGGGAAAACUACUUGAAGCAGUUUCUGGAAUCAAUCAGGAGCAUGAAGGAUGUGUGCAACCCCAACCUGUCGCUGGUGACGGGCUGCAUGGAGCACGCACUGACCAGCCGCUACCCUCGCACCCGCUACGCCGUGGGGUGGGAUGCCAAACUGUUCUACAUCCCCAUCAGCUACAUGCCAUCUGCCAUCUCCGACCGCAUCUUUGCCCAGUACCAGCCCGAGCCUGCCCAGAAAGCCUGAGAUGGGGAUGUGCUAAAGGCAGGAAGGGAUCCGGCAUCACCAGCACAUUCCUGAGCUCCCGAUUCAAUGCGUAUCUGGGAACCCCCUGAAUAAAGGCAAUUCCUCCUCCCUGGGUUUGA